GUGACGUCAUCGCGGGGCGGGGCGAGAGGACGGAACCCGGAGGCUCGGGCUCGGGUCCUGCGCAGCUCGGUCCGCCGGCCGUGCCCGGCGCCAGGCAGGACAGGCCGGGGGCGACGGGCGCGAGAGGAAGCAGGAGUAGGAAGCCCAGGCCCAGCAUCUGAAGAUCUGAGGAAUCCACCUCCUUGGUCAGGGCUCAUAACCCCCAUUGUUGCCCCCCAGCGCACACACACACACACAGACAAAAACACACGCACAGUGUGUGUGCACCCCAGCCCAGCUAUGACCCUGGUCAGCAUCAAUGAACUGCCUGAGAACAUCCUGCUGGAGAUAUUCACAAACGUGCCUGCCCGUCAGCUGGUGUUGGACUGCCGCCUUGUCUGCAGCCUCUGGCGCGACCUCAUCGACCUCAUGACCCUCUGGAAACGCAAGAGCCUGCGGGAGGGCUUCACCACCGAGGACUGCGACGAGCCCGUGUCAGACUGGAAGGUUUUUUACUUUUUGUGCAGCCUCCGCAGGAACCUCCUACGCAACCCCUGCGGUGAAGAGGGUAUGAGUUCCUGGCAAAUCGACCAUAAUGGGGGGGAUCAAUGGACCGUGGAAAACUUACCUGGAGGCCAUGGGGAAGAUUUUCCUGACUCCAAUGUCAAGAAGUUCUUCGUCACAUCCUAUCAAUUAUGCAUCAAGUCCCAGAUGGUGGACCUCAAAGCUGAGGGCUACUGGGAGGAACUAAUGGACAGAGUCCGGCCUGACAUCGUGGUGAAGGACUGGUUCGCUGCCAGACGAGACUGUGGCUGCACCUACAACAUCCAAGUGCAGCUGCUCUCGGCCAAUCACGUCGUCUUGGCCUCCUUCCAGCCCCCACGUGUGACCAUCCCACAGUGGAGCGAUGCCCAGUGGACAGAGGUCUCUCACACCUUCUCAGAUUACCCUCCAGGCGUCCGCUACAUCUUCUUCCAGCAUGGGGGCCAAGACACCCAGUUCUGGGCAGGCUGGUAUGGGUCCCGUGUCACCAACAGCAGCAUCAUCAUCAGCCCUCAGAUGACCAGGAACCCAGCGGCCUCCACAACUCGGCCCAACACCACACAGGAGCCAGGACGGAAAUGGAGACGGGAAUGGGGAUGGGGAUGGGGAUGGGAAGAUGAAAGGGAUGACGAAAGGGAUGAGGAAGACUCUGAUCAAUUGCCCUCCCCACCUCAUUUCUAUAGACCCUUCUGACAGUCUGGAUCUGCUGGCCUUUCAUCUGCCCUCUGUCCCCGCCAGCCAAGUGCCAAAGGUCUCCUCAGGCAAGAAGAGCCUGUGGUGGGCAGGGAGGCCCUUGCGCCGGGACCUCCUGCCACAGCUGUAACCUUGGGCAAACCCACUGUUGUGUAGCUAUCACUUACAAUAAUAAACUUUCACAGCAAAACCAACCUGGGGUUGGGUCUGGGG